CAGUACCUGAGCCACAAGCCACGACUUAUCCCACUAACCAUCGGUCGCAACGAGUUGGCAUUUGGCAUUGAAUUUUAGCCUUGCAAGCGUUUACUGCAAGGAAUUGUUAGACUAGUCCAAGUUGUAGUAGUGGUUGUAGCUGCAGACGCAGUUGCGCAUAUGGUGCACGUCUACUGUAUCUCCUGAACGGCCUCAAACACCGCCUCAAAGUCCAGCCCAGAACUCAACCUGCCCUUUCUUUCCCACACUUCCAAGACCAGAAAGACCCAGACCAAGAAAGACAACCAGCAGCAACAAUGGUCGUCCUCGCUGCAUCAAUCUGCACCCGCGGGGGUAAAGCUGUCCUCUCCAGGCAGUUCCGCGAGAUGCCCAGGUCCCGAAUCGAGGCCCUCCUGGCAUCGUUCCCCAAGCUUGCCGACUCGGGCACCCAACAUACCACUGUCGAGCAGGACAAUGUCCGUUUCGUCUACCAGCCACUCGACGAACUCUACAUGGUCCUUAUCACCAACCGCCAGUCCAACAUCCUCCAGGACAUCGACUCCCUCCACCUGUUCGCCCAGGUCGUCACCAGCACGUGCAAGAGUUUGGACGAGAGAGAAAUCCUCAAGAAUGCCUACGAGCUGCUCAGCGCAUUCGACGAGCUCGUCACCCUCGGCUACAGGGAAAACCUCACAAUCAGCCAGAUCAAGACCUUCCUGGAAAUGGAGUCCCACGAGGAGCGCAUACAGGAGAUCAUCGCAAGGAACAAGGAGCUCGAGGCUACAGAGGAGCGCAAGCGCAAGGCGAAGCAGCUGGAAAUGCAGCGCAAGGAAUCCGCAAGGAGCGGUCGUGCCGGCGUCCCACGUACCCCAGUCUACCCGACCUACACGCCGCCCUCGCGGCCUACCCCUGCCGAUACCUACGAUAGUUACGAGGCCGAGAAGAACAAGACCACCCUCAAGUCAAGUACCAUGAAGGGCAAGGGUAUGCAGCUCGGCAAGAAGUCCAAGACCACCGAUAUGUUUGAGCGUGUGCGAGGAGACAUGGGCCAUGAGGCCGACGACUCACCUCUGGUGCCCGUUGCCGCCCCGGCUCCCGCUGCUGAACCUGCCGCGCCGCGUGCAUCCACCACAUUAGACCGCGAUGCUAUUCACGUCACAGUCAACGAAACCAUCUCUGCCAAGCUGUCCAAAGAAGGCUCCGUCAACUCCUUGUCCGUAACUGGAGAUUUGACCCUGCGCGUCCUGGAUCCCAGCUUGACCAAGGUCAAGCUCGCCCUCUCAGCCACCCCCUCUCACGGAGCCCAGUUCAGAACGCACCCCAACGUGGACAAGGCCGCCUUCAACAGCUCCAGGACCAUCCAGAUGAGCAAUUUAGCACGUGGCUUCCCCGUAAACAACGCUGUCGGUGUGCUUAGAUGGAGAGCUUCGCCAAAGGUCGAUGACCCGGAGGCUGUCCCCAUUCAAUUUACCGUCUGGGUGAACAAGGGCUCCGAGGGCAACUACGGUCUUACUGUCGAAUACGAACUGACCGGUGGCCAAGAGUUGAAGGAUGUUAGCGUCACCAUUCCCUACUCCACGAGCGAGCCGUCCGUCUCCAGCUUUGAUGCACAGUAUGAGGUAUCUGGCGACAGCUUGGAGUGGACAAUUGGCACAGUUACACCAGAUGAACCUAGUGGCUCUUUCGAGUUCGAAGCUCAAGCAGACGCCGAGGAGGAGUUCUUCCCCAUGCAAGUCCGAUUCUCAAAGACAACGCCAUUUAUCGACGUUGAUGUCUUGUCCGUUGCUUUGGUAGAAGAGAACGAGGAGGUGACUUUCUCCAAGGAGAUCAAGUCCGUGGCGGACAACUAUGUGGUCGAAUAGACUGUGAUAGAGGUGCAAUAUUCAGCGAAUUUCUUGGAGCAAAGGUUAAUCAAAAGCUCAAGGCUUAUAGAGAACUGUGGAUUACUUUGAUGAUUAUGCAUAAUGGUUGAAAAGAAGAUUAUACACUGUGAUACACGCGCCCUAUAUGCAAUUGGUCACGUCCAACAGGAUAUUCGACUGGCGCUGCAAAGCCAUAAAAC